AUGACUCGAGUCACUGCACCCAUCAGCAAGCUUGCCCGUUCCCUCUCGGCCAACCCUUCUGUCGCCCGUCCGGCCUACCUGGUCAAUGCAGCGCACAACCAUAACGGCGUCAAUAGCGCGUCUGCCUGGUCAGAGCACGGCGAGCGGGAAGAUGCCAGCCGCCACUUCACCACAACUCAUCGCCCGACAUCCGCACCUGUGCCGUCGCGCAACCGUAUCGUCCCGUUGAUGCAAACGUUCACCUUCCGCACUACGGCUCCCAAGGCCGUUCGGCUCGACACUAGUACUAUCGACAAUGCCGUGAUGCCUAUAAUCGCCGAGCCGGUCAGCUCGUCGUUGCACUCCAUCCGCGUCCCGCUCCUGCCAGACAACUUCGCCCCCAACCGCGAGGGCCUCGUGGGGCACGCACCCGAGGCCGUUGACGGACUACUGGCGACGCCGCAUGUCCUGGUCGUGGCUGCGCACCCAGAGCUCGUGACGCCGGCAUCACCGCUGGCCGAGAUGGAGAGCAUAGGCGUGGACGGCACCGAGCUCAAAUUUGCACAUACGCUGGAAGACUCACAGUCCAGCAGCAGCUCCGACAAGGAGCCGGGCAUGCUGAGAGACCUGUGGAAGGGCAUCGUCGAGGGUGUAAUCGGCGAGAAAAAGGUGGCACAUUAA